AUGGCCAUCCCAGUACACGGGACACCUUCCUGGAGCUCCCUGGUGGCCAGCAUGCACGAGAACAACAUCUACGGGAAGUGCACGGAGGGCGACCGCUGGUCCAGCCAGCAGGGGAGCAACGCCAACUACCCCAAGGGAGAGGGCAACUGGGCCAAUUACACCACCUUCGGCUCCGCGGUGGGCGCCACCAGCGACGACUACAAGAACCCUGGUUAUUAUGACCUGCAAGCCCAGGACCUGUCCGUGUGGCACGUAACCAACAAGGCGCCCCUGGCGGAAUGGAAGACCAGGUCCAUCCUGCGGUACCACACCAGGACUGGUUUCCUGUCAUCCGAGGGAGGGAACCUCUUCAAACUCUACCAGAAAUACCCAGUGAAAUACGGUGCCGGCAACUGCCUGACCAACAAUGGCCCCUCCGUGCCUGUCAUCUAUGACUACGGCGAUGCCCAGCAAACUGCCAGUUACUACUCUCCAAGUGGCAGACCUGAAUUCGUUCCUGGCUACGUCCACUUCCGGGUGUUUAAUCGUGAGAAGGCGGCCAUGGCUCUGUGUGCUGGGGUGAAAGUCACCGGCUGUAACACUGAGCAUCACUGCAUAGGUGGAGGAGGGUUCUUCCCAGAAGGGAACCCAGUGCAGUGCGGCGAUUUCACUGCCUUAGCCUGGGACGGCUACGGAACCCAUCGGGGCUGGAGCACAUCCAAGGAGAUGCUUGAAUCCGCAGUGCUGCUCUUCUACCGCUGAGUCCGGAAAGGCCGACGUGCCGCAGUGAAGGAUGCUGCUUCCUUCCAGCCAGCAGCGCUUGCUGGCUUUGAACUCAGAUGUCUGCCAUGCAAAUAAAGAAUCUGAAGCAGGCUGGGGUGUCAGUGAUUUACUCCCCUUGCGACCUAGAAAAAUAGGCUCUGUAGAGUGGCCUAGAGUAUAGGUAGGGCAGCUGCCUGGGGGCUACAGGGUGGUGGGGUUUGAGUCCCUAUGUCCAUACUGGGAACAGCUGGAUAGCUAACACAGAAGAGGCUGUGGGGGUCUAAGCAGCAGGCAGAAGUAGAUGUGUCUCUCAUUCAAUUAUAAUUAGCAGUGAUAGGAGCACUGGAUGUUAUUGGUGGAUGAAGAUCAUUACAUUUUACAAAGCAUGGCAGUAGCAUUGUUUCCAUUUUUGAUGGGGAAACUGAGGCACUGAGCAGCAAAAUGAUUUGCCCAAGGUCAUCCAGCAGGUCAGUA